GCCAUGCAGAGGGCCAGCGUGCUGGGCAUGCCCGGCCCGGAUCCCGGUGGAUCUUAUUCCCAGCAGUUCAAAGCCAUGAGAUUCUCUUAUCACAUCGAAGGGGGGGCGGCUUCGCCCCAGAUCCGAGCCGGUCCUGCUCAGCCCCCCCGGCUCCUGGUCAAAAGCCUCUCGUUGGAGCCCACUCCUGAACCCCGCCCUCCAGAAGUCCCCCAGCGGCUCAUCUCGGAUCCAGGCCCGGAGAGCAACGAAGGGGAAGCGACUAAGUUCCGGCCGCUAAAACGACUCCCAGGACCAAAACCGCAAGUCCCUCCCAAGCCAGCCCAUCUGCAGAGCAUUCAACCGCCACGGCUCCCUGAAUCCAUCCCUCCGCCCCCAUCGCGACCCCUCCCGGCUGACCCCCGCCUGAGCCGCAGCCCCCAGCCCAAGGAUGGGGCAGGGCCGUUGUCUGCCGUGUCUUCCCUCAUCGAGAAGUUCGAGAGGGAACCCAUAAUCCUGACGGUGGAGCAGCCCCCCUCGCCGUGCCCCAGCCUCGAUCCCCCAACCCCCGAGGCGGGCUCCAUGGAGCCCCCCCUGGAUCGCCCGGCUUCGCUGGAGUCGGCGGAUUUGGCCCACAAACUCUUGGACCUCCUGGCGCUAGAAGGGGGGCAGGAGGCCGUGGGGGGCGCCGCCUGCCUGCCCUCUCACGGUGGGGGGAAGCUGGCCAACAGGGACAGCGGGAUCGACAGCAUCAGCUCGCCGUCCAACAGCGAGGAGAUCUGCUUCGGGGGCGACGAGGGCGCGGGGGAGGGUGCGGGGGCGCCCGCCCCGCCGGCCGCCAUCAAGCGCCGCUCGACCCGCGAUUCCGAGGGGGACAGUGACAUGGACGAUGGCAGCGGGGACGAGGCGGAGCUUCUGCCUGAACUCCCGCCCCCACAGGCUGAAAGGCAGGACUCUGAUGAGAUGACAGUGCCACAGAAGGUUUUCCGAAUCGCCAACGAACUUCUCCAAACUGAAAAGUCCUACGUGUCCCGUCUGUAUCUGCUAGACCAGGUCUUCUGUGCCCGUCUGCUGGAAGAAGCGCGCAGCCGGAACUCCUUCCCUGCCGAAGUAGUGAUGGGCAUUUUCGCCAACAUCUGCUCCAUCUACUGCUUCCACCAGCAGUUCCUGCUCCCGGAGUUGGAGAAACGUAUGGAGGAAUGGGACCAGCACCCUCGCAUUGGGGAUAUCCUGCAGAAACUGGCUCCCUUCCUCAAGAUGUACGGCGAAUAUGUCAAGAACUUUGACCGCGCCAUGGAGCUGGUCAACACCUGGAUGGAGCGCUCAGCACAGUUCAAGGGCAUUAUCCACGAGGUGCAGCGAGAAGAGAUCUGCGGGAACCUGACCCUGCAGCAUCACAUGCUGGAGCCGGUCCAGCGGAUCCCUCGCUACGAGCUGCUGCUGAAGGAUUACCUCCUCAAACUGCCCCAGGACUCGCCCGAUUGCAAGGAUGCCCAGAAAUCCCUCGAACUUAUCGCAACGGCAGCCGAGCACUCAAACGCCGCCAUCUGCAAAAUGGAGAGAAUGCACUCGUUGCUGAAGGUUUACGAGCUGCUGGGAGGGGAGGAAGACAUCGUGAACCCCACCAACGAGCUUAUCAAAGAAGGCCACAUCCUGAAGCUUUCUGCUAAGAACGGUACUACGCAGGACCGCUACCUGAUCUUGUUCAACGACCGUUUGCUGUACUGUGUGCCAAAACUGCGUCUCAUUGGACAGAAGUUUGGGGUCCGCGCUCGCAUAGACAUGGAGGGGAUGGAGUUGAAAGAGACCAGCAGCCUCAAUGUGCCCCGGACGUUCCUCGUAUCGGGGAAGCAGCGAUCCCUAGAGCUCCAGGCCAGGACUGAAGAGGAGAAGCGAGAUUGGAUCCAGGCAAUCCAGGCGACGAUUCAGAAGCAUGAGCAGACGCUGGAGACGUUCAAGCAGCUGAUCAGCGAGGAUGAAACGCCACCCAAUUCGCCCGGGUGUGAGCUGGGACGGCGGGCACCCACGCCGAUCCGGGAGAAGGAGGUGACCAUGUGCAUGCAGUGCAAGGAGCCCUUCAACGCUCUCACCAAGCGGAGGCACCAUUGCCGGGCGUGCGGCCACGUGGUCUGCGGAAAAUGUUCCGAGUUCCGGGCUCGCCUGAUCUACGACAACAACCGCCCCAACCGCGUCUGCACUGACUGCUACACGACACUCCAGGGCUCCCCUGCCAGCCCCGCCCCGCACCCCAAUACGCCUCAGCGCCGGAGAUCCAUUCUGGAGAAGCAGGCUUCCGUGGUGGCAGAGAACAGCGUCAUCUGCAGCUUCUUGCACUACAUGGAGAAAGGAGGGAAGGCCUGGCACAAGGGUUGGUUUGUCAUCCCCGAAAACGAGCCCCUGGUGCUCUACAUCUACGGAGCUCCACAGGAUGUGAAGGCCCAGCGUUCGAUGCCGCUGAUCGGCUUCGAGGUGAACCUCCCCGAACCCGGGGAGCGGGUGGAUCGCCGCCACGCCUUCCGGAUCAGCCAGAGCCACCUGUGCUGGUAUUUCAGCCCCGAGACCGAGGAGCUAAGACAGAGGUGGAUGGAGGUGCUGAGCCGAGCGGGCCGCGGAGAAGAAGGCAAGGGGCCGCCUUCCAUCCUAGAGGCGGACGAAGAUACGGAGGCGGAGGCAACCUAA